AUGGAGAAACCAGAUAGAAGCAUCAUCACAUUCCUCCCAAAGCUUGCCACCGGACGCGAGAAUCCGAUGAAGCCGAGGGCUCAUGGCCAGAGCAGAUCCUUCUCGGGGCCGAUCACAGUCUCCAUUAUACCCAUAGAAGCUCGACGCAAGCAGAAGAGACGCGGCGGCUUCGAGGCGCCGCAGGAACCCUCGUCCCCGAAGGUGACGUGCAUGGGCCAGAUCAAGCUCGAGAAGAUGACCGCCGGAUGCUGCCGGAAGCCCCCACCACCGGGUCGAAAAUGGAAGCUGGCAUCCUUCAUCCGCCAGAUCUUCCGGCGUCCCAAGGUGGGGCCGGCGGGCGGUGGCGGGAAGAGCAGGCCGCCGGUGUCUGCACCACCGUCGCUCGGAGGGAUGAGUAGGUCCGCCGGCGGACGCAACAGCUUGGGGGAUUUCGACUGGAGGAAGGCAGCGGAGACGGAGGAGGUGAUCAUUGCUCACUCUGCACCCAUCAUGGUGGGCGGUGGGGUGGUGGCCGUCGAGCCAAGGAAGGUGUCGUCGAGCCUUUGGAAGAGGAGGGCUGCCGCUCGUCUCACUACUCUUCAAUUAAACUGA